UAUAUCACUCACUCAAGUUCUUGACGAUCGCUUUGACGGCGUCGUUUACAGCCCUUUUCUUAGCCAAUUGAAAAGAUCAUCAUCAUAGACCGUUUCCUUCCCGCCACUGAUGACCAGACAUGUGCACCUACAGGCUACUACGUACGUAGCUACUGUACAAGACUAAUUACCGGUAGCUAAAGAUGAGAAGCCGCUUUCGUACUAAAAGACAAUGUAUUUGCCGCUUGGCUGUCGCACUACUUUUCUCGCUUAUUGCCGCCGUCCACUUUAUUGUGCUGCCUCAAUUCUCUGGAGGAUAUAACGACGAUUGCUUUCCACCCGUUGCCAAGACUGCCGCAUUGAGAGAUCUUCUCGUCGACGUUACGCGCCUGUUGGACGAUGCGGGAAUGACCUAUUGGCUUGACUGUGGGACACUACUAGCAGCCGUCAGAGACGGGCAGCUAAUUCCGUGGGAUCAUGAUGCUGACAUUGGCUACUUCGCAAAAGAUAUCUACAAAUUGCGACCACUCUAUAGCAAAGCCAGAGUGAUCGGCAUACACUUGAAUUCAUUUGUAGCAUCACGCAAUGGAGCUAACAUUGACAUGAUCAGAUAUUGGACAACACCGGAGGAUAACUCGAGAGUCUACACCAAAUAUGCAAGUGACGGUGCCUUUUUGCAAUGGUACAGAAAAUAUAGUGCAUUUCCCAGCAGUUGGCUGUUACCUUUCAGAAGACUUAAAUUCUUAGGCAGAAAUAUGUCUGUCCCAAACAAGGCAGAGAACUUGUUGUCUCACAUUUAUUCGUUUUCUUGGAGACUGGGAAUUUGACUGCCUUACAAGUGGAAAUGCUUGUUACCAUGGCAACAUACAUGGUCAUAGUUACCAGUAAAUUUAGUAGUAAUACAGGUUACUUAUCAAUAUUUUUGAAGCUGUCGUGUGACAAAAACUAUGUUACA